AAUAAGAGAGAGAGAAGAGAAAUUACUCUAAAAAAAUUUUCAUACUGUCAUCAAUAAUUAAUUACCAAUCAUCAUUAAACUACUUCUUCAUCAGUAAAAGAGUUAAAUACAAAUCGCAAUUACAAUGGCAGAACCAGUGACUACUGAUACCGGUAGACUAGUUAAAAUGGAAGUUGAUUACACCAGUAAUUGUGAUGUUAAAAUUCCUGAAUGUAAAAAGUUAGCACAAGAUGGAAAAAUUCACGAUGCACUCGAUCAACUUUUGGUUUUGGAAAAAUUAACUCGAACGGGCGCUGACAUGAUUUCAACCUCACGUGUACUUGUAGCAAUAGUAGAAAUUUGUUUCGAAGCUAAAAAUUGGGCUGCACUAAAUGAACACAUUGUGUUGUUGUCUAAGAGACGUUCUCAAUUGAAACAAGCGGUCACGAAAAUGGUCCAAGAGUGCUGUACUUAUAUUGAUAAAACUCCUGAUAGAGAAACGAUGAUCAAACUCAUUGAAACUUUAAGAUCUGUUACUGAAGGAAAGAUUUACGUUGAAGUUGAACGUGCUCGUUUGACUCAUCGUCUUGCUAAAUUAAAAGAAGAAGAUGGUGAUAUCACUAAUGCAGCAUCAAUAAUGUUGGAGCUUCAAAUCGAGACGUAUGGUAGUAUGACCAAACGAGAAAAAGCAGCUCUGAUACUUGAACAAAUGCGUCUUUGUUUGGCUAAACAAGAUUUCGUUCGAACACAAAUAAUUGCCAAGAAAAUUAGCAUCAAGUUUUUUGAAGAUCAGGAUGACGCAGAAACUCAAACACUUAAAUUAAAAUACUAUGAAUUGAUGAUGGAGCUAGCAAAGCAUGAAGGCUGGUAUUUAGAACUGUGCCGUCACAACCGCGCCGUCCUGGAGACUCCAACAAUAAAAGAUGAUCCAAAAAAACGUCAUACCGCACUCUCACGUGCUGUUUUAUAUUUAGUUUUAGCUCCACAUGAGCCGGAACAAGCGGAUUUAACUCAUAGAUUACUUGCUGAUAAAUUAAUUGAUGAAAUACCGACAUACAAAGAAUUGCUACGACUUUUCGUCAACCCCGAGCUUAUCAAAUGGUCAGGACUGUGUGACAUUUAUGAACAAGAACUACGAGCAACUGAAGUUUUUACUGCGUCCACAGAAGAAGGACGUAAACGAUGGACUGAAUUACGAAAUCGUGUCGUUGAACAUAACAUAAGAAUAAUGGCCAAGUACUAUACGAAAAUAACUUUGACUCGAAUGGCUGAGUUACUUGACUUGCCAGUAGAAGAAACUGAAGCUUGUCUAUGCAAAUUAGUUGAAACUGGAGUAAUAAGUGCCCGUACUGAUAGACCAGCUGGAGUUGUACGUUUUACUGGUACUCAAGAACCUGCUGCUGUUCUUGACGCCUGGGCUGCAUCACUAAAUAAAUUAAUGAGCCUUGUAAAUCACACAACGCAUCUCAUUCAUCAAGAAGAAAUGCUUGCCGUCGCUAACGCGUGAAGAAUUUCAUAACUUUACGUUUAUAUAUUAUAAUUUUUUUUUUUUUUUUUUUUCACUAUUGAUCCAAAAUAAGAUUCAAUUAUUUCUACAUUAAUACUAGUUAUUUAAUGAUAAAGAGACAUUAAUAAAGGUGUAAAAAAAAAGAAAAUAAUAAGAAAAAAUUAUUUCCGCUUGAUACCAUUUAUUUAAUUAAAAUUUAUGUACAAAAACAUCAAAAUUAAUUGCAAUAGUAAUGGUAAUAAAAAUUUAUUAUUUUAUUUUUUGCAUUAUGUGAUGCGUUAUACUAAAGUGUGUUAUUUUUUUUUUGUUUGAUAAUUAACAUUUUUUAAUAUGAAAAUUUAAUUCAAUUAUUUGACACUCAUUCUAAAAUAUUUCAUUAUUACAAAUUUAUGUUAAUUAAAUUAAUUUCUAUUAAUUAUAAAAAAAAAAUGAAUUACAUUUUUUGUAAAUUUGUUUGUUUUCUUAAUUACACAUUAAUUAUAAUCCUAGAAUUUAACUUGUCCAAAUGUUUUGAUCGACUUCCAAUACAUUUCUGUACUACGGCAGACUGUCCAAUUAAUACUGACCAAUAAACUAAUUUUAAAAUUAAAUUAUUUUAAAUUUUACAGAUCAAUUCCAUAUAUCACCGAAAUAAUUUAAAUUAAAAAUUUAUAAUUGUAAAUCACCAUUACAUAAAAGGCAAAUGCAGUCUUACCAUUACGACCGUUUACAAUAUAAAAAUAUUAUUAUUAUUAUCCUUUGAUUAUCUCUUGAAAACUAAAAUCUAAACUGUACAAAAAAAUUCUAUCCAAUUUAUUAUUACAUGUAAUUAUAAUUAAUUAUUCAUCACUAAUAAUAAAUAAUUCAUUAUUAUGUGCUCAGUAUUUUUAUUUUUAAAAAAAUCUUUUGAAUUAACAUUGACUGUAAAAAAUGUUUGCACGUGUUAUUGUUUAUGUUUGAGAACUCGAACACAUUUGUAGUCUCGACAAUUUAAAAAAAAAGUAACUUAGCGCCUUCGACUGAAAUCACAGUUUAUUAGUAACCACAUCUGUACAAGGAAUGUUAAAUACAAACCUUCUGUACUUAAUUAUUGUAAUUUAUAAUAGUAAAGGAACCAAAAAAAAGGUGAAACUGAAAUUAGCCGGACUAAUAAUUUUUGGAUUUUUUUAAAAACGAUAAAUUAAAAAAAAAAUUUUUUGGAAAAUUGCACCUAGAGUUUUUUUAAUUUUCCACAUGUGCAUAUUUUUAGUUUUUUUUUUUUUUUUUUUAAAUUGUUGAAAAAAAAAUCCGAAAAUUGUCAAUUAUCUGCUAACUUGAGGAUCAUAAAAAAAAAUUAAUAAUACUCAAGUUAACUUGACGUCUAAUAAUUUUUAGAUUUUUUUAAAAACGAUAAAUUAAAAAAAAAUAUAUUUUAGAAAAUUGCACCUAUGUUUUUAGUUUUUAUUUUUUAAAUUAAAUUCUUAAAAUAAAAAAAUCUGUAAAUUGUUAAUUGUCUGCUAACCAGAAUAAAAAAAAAGUGCGGCAAUAAAGUUAGCAGACAUUUAAAAAUUUGGAUUUUUUUUAACAAAAAAAUAAAUAUUUUAAAAAAUUGCACUUAUAGUUUAUGAAAUUUUUGACGAGUGCAUUUUUUUUUUCAUUAUUUAUCUGUUAAAAAAAAAUUCUUUCAAUUUCAAACGUCUGCUAACUUUACUAUCAUUAAAAAAAAUGCCAAUGAAAAAUUGUACAGUACCAUUUUUAAAUUGAAUUAAAAAAUAA